GAUCGUUGCUUUAGUUGCACUUAAAAGAUUGUCGUGAAAGGAGGUACGCUUGGAUAACCAGGUGUUCUGCAUUGAUUUUUUUUCUGUGAAGAAAGACAAGUGAUCUAAGUUCAUUGGACUUUUUGUGCUUCAAGUUGGUUGUUAAAUAGAUCCUGUUUUGACUUGUUUCGAUAGAAGUUUGUAUUGCACCACUAUGCCGGCGCAAGUUGUAAAUAAAGAUCUACAGAAUGAACGCAAUAAGUGUACUUUCAAUCAGGAAGAGUUCACUCUCUGGUGGGUGGGUGGAGAGGAACUACUUAAAGAGAAGCGAUCGAGAGAAAACUACUUCGAAAGUCAACCGGAGUUCCAGGACAAGGUCCCAUUACACUUUGCCUCCCAUCAGGAGCUUUACGAAGAAACUGUUCGUAAAGCUACCGUCAUCUUUACGAAAGUGAAGAAGCUUUUAACAGAACAAGGAAAAUAUGAUGCUAAAAAAUAUGUUUACUUCAUGGAUGCCCUUCUCGGUACCGGUUUUAUCAAAGAAAGCAAUCCUCUGGGGGUUCACUUUUCGAUGUUCAUUCCGUCAAUUGUGGGACACGGAAGCCCGGAACAACAGGAGCAGUACUUAUCGAAGGCAUUGAACUGUGAAAUCGUUGGAACAUAUGCGCAAACCGAGCUGGGUCAUGGAACAUUCCUGAGAGGUUUGGAAACGACUGCUACCUUUGACCCGCAAACGGAUGAGUUCAUCCUCAAUAGCCCAACGUUGACUUCAUACAAAUGGUGGCCUGGCGGUUUGGCACAAACGGUAAAUUACUGUAUUGUGAUGGCACAGCUUUACUCCAAUGGAAAAUGCUACGGUAUUCAUCCAUUCAUGGUACAGGUGAGAGACUCGGAAACUCACAUGCCGUUGCCGGGAAUUGAUAUCGGUGAUAUCGGAGAUAAAAUGGGUUACAAGGGUGUGAACAAUGGUUAUUUGGGUUUGAAGAAUGUACGUAUUCCAAGAAACAGUAUGAUGAUGAAGAACGCUAAGCUUUUGAAGGAUGGAACCUACGUAAAACCAACUUCGUCUGUGUUGGCUUACGGAACAAUGGUAUUUGUUAGGGUGAUCAUUGUUAGGAAUAUGGCACAGUCGUUGGCCAAGGCGGCCACUAUCGCUGUACGGUACUCCAGUGUUAGACGACAGAGCCAUAUUAAUCCAGAAUUACCUGAAGUACAAGUCAUCGACCACGUUACUCAACAGGCGAAACUGUUUCCAUUGGUAGCGAAGGCCAUUGCCUUGAAAUUGACAUCGGACAACUUAUGGCAAAUAUAUGAACGCACGAUAUCGGAGUUGAACACCGGAAGCCUGGAUCGUUUACCGGAGUUGCAUGCUAUUGCAUGUUGCUUAAAGGUCGUGUCUACGUCCGAUACCGCCACCGGCGUGGAAGUGUGUCGUUUGGCAUGCGGUGGGCAUGGAUAUCUAACGUGUGCAAACUUCUUGAACUAUUAUAGCUUGGCUUCGGCUGCGUCUACUUACGAAGGUGAGAACACGGUGUUACUAUUGCAGACUUCCAGGUUCCUCGUAAAAAUGUGGAAUCAAGCUGUUCAAGGCAAACAGCUGAUGCCAACUGUUAGCUAUUUGCAGAAUUACGUGGGAAAACAGGUCCAACAGUUCCCGUGGAGUGAUUCGCUUCCUGUGAUAAUUUCGGCCUUCCAAGCCGUCGUCGCGAAUAAGCUUCGACUUGCAUGCCAGCGCAUAGAGCAACGGAAAGCACAGGGAUUGACUCCGGAGGAGGCUACAAAUGGAACCGGCUUGGAGUUGAUCCGGUUGGCUGAAAUCCACGGACGUUGGUUUGUGCUACAGUCGGCCUAUGAGAUGUUUGAGAAGGCUUACGAAAAAGUAUCCGAAUCGGUGGUUGUGAUUAUGCAGAUUUUGUGCAAACUGGUGGUAUACGAUGAAGCGCUGAAAAUCAGUGGUGAUUUGCUUAGAUUUACAACUAUGACCGAAACUGAUCUGGUCAGACUGCAGCAGAACUAUGAAGCUUGCCUGCAGGCACUUCGUCCUAAUGCGGUUGGGAUAGUGGACGCUUUCGAUUAUCCGGACUUCGUGCUCGGUUCGGCGCUAGGAGCCUACGAUGGCAAUGUGUACGAGCGACUUUUUGCGGAGGCCAUGAAAAGCCCUUUGAAUCAGGAACCGGUGAACAAAACGUUCGAGCUCUAUCUGAAACCGCUGAUGAAGUCAAGACUGUGAAAAGUUCUAAUGAAUGGUAUCUAAUGAAAUUAAGACUUUUCGAUUACAGGAAAGGGUAAUUGGUGCAAUAAAUCUAC